AUGCGCGGGCUCGAGAGCACUCCCGGUGGCCCCGUGCGCGUGCCGAGCGAUUGCGAGGGCUUUCCGGAGGUCAAUAUCGGCGCCACCGACCGUGAAAUGCCCAUCAGUAUCAAGCCUGAGCUGUCCCAAACCGUCCUUAUCUUGGGUAGCCUCUGGCUCGUCACUGCACUUGGCUCCUCUGCAGCGAUCUCGCGCUCUCGCCACGACAGCACGCCGACGGCAAAAGCUUUGAGGAUGGACGCGGCAUCAGCCCCGCUGCUUCCGGCACGAACGGGUGGGGUGGCGUGGGAGCGCCGGUGA